UUAGUAUUCCAAUAAAAGAAGCAAAAUUGAAAUAUGAAAGGAAUAGAGUAUGAAAACCAACUUAUGGAGAUUGAUGAAUCAAAUUUUACGAAUGGAGAUAUAGAAAAUAACAGAAAAACUUCAAUAUUAGUUGAUGGACGUAACAGAAAGAAAAAAGAUACAAAUGUGUUAUAUCAUUUCAUCGAUGGUUUUGUUAUUGAAGAAGCAGACACUCCAUUUACAUUAGACACGGGUUCUUUACUCACAAAACAACAACUCCAAGAUAUCUGGAGGAAACAGCAGGAACUUAUCGCUAAAGAUCGUGAAGAAGAACGCAAGCUAGAUAGAAAGUCUAUUUUACCUGAGGAAACGAAUGAAGCAUUGUUAGAUACAGUACAUAGAUGCGAAUAUUGCGGUAAACGUGGAAAAGGUCAUCGCUCGUCUCGUUUUUGUACUCUACUUUGUUGUCGUCGUUAUAAUAUUGCUGUUGCGAGAAGAUUUCGAACCAAGGCAAAUAAAAUUGAUAAAGAUUCUAAUGAGGAAUCCAUUGAAAUACAGAGACAAAAAAAUCAUCAUUUUAGCACUCCACCUCUUUCCCCCGUUAUUCCCUACUUACCACACGUGAAAGAUGAGGAUGGUCAAAUGGUCACUCUUAGUCCGAGCAAGUGGACAGUAGAUAAUGUUUGUGAUUACAUUUCGUCUUUGCCAGAUUCAGAGAGUUUUGCAAAAGAUUUUAGAAAUCAAGAAAUUGAUGGUUCUGCUCUGCUUUUGAUUAAAGAAGAUCAUUUAAUCGGAAGUUUGAAUAUAAAACUGGGACCUGCGUUGAAAUUGUGUUCGCAUAUUAAUAAGUUGCAAGAAUGACUUAAUGUAAAUUUAUUUAUAGUCGUAGAUUUUGGUCUACUAUGGUCAUGGAUUCAGAUGCCAUCAUUCGUAAUUGUCUCAAGUCCAUACAUUGCACUUGUUUGAAUUAUAGAUGACCGUACAUUUUUGUGCAGUUAAAAAUAUGUUGUAAAAAUGCCGCUUAAGCUUUCUCUAUUUACUUUUCCUGCUCAUAUGUGUUAGCUGUUCUUUUUGUUUAUUGCAAUUUGCAAAGCAUUGUAUUUCUCAUGAUACCACUAUAUUUUUUUUGUUGGUGAUAUGUCUUUGUGAUUAUCUACCCUAGCAAACACUUAUGGGAUUUGAUAUCAGAAUUGUAAUUUUUGAUUUUCUGAUCCAAUAUUCUUAUACUUCUAUUAAAAAUGCCAAAGAAACUUGAAAUUCUACUUUGAUUUAAAUCCGUUCAUAUAUUUCGGAGUUGAUAAAAUUAAUUCCUGGUUCAGGCAUAGGAUGUUACAGCCCGACAGGCAUGAUCUUCAGAAAACUCAUUCAGAUUUGGAAAAACGAUAUGCUGUACCACAUAACAUAUAAACUUAUAAACUGAACUAUUCUCAUAAAAAUGCGUAUUUCUUCAAAAGACUAAAAAAGAUGACAUGAGUCACAUGAUGUACUUGAAUAUGUCCAGACCUUGCUAAUUGUACAAUCAAUGAAUGUUGUGAUUGUGAUUAAUUCAGAAUGCUAAAAUGAGUAUCAGUGCAUUUAUUUAUUUAGUUUAUUACUAUUUUUUGGAAAGGAUUUUUUUAAAAAAUGUCACAGAACCUUGGUACUAACUUUGUACAAUCAUUUUGAUUUUUUUUGAUUGUCGGUUUAUUUAUGAGAAUCAUGUUCACUUAGCUUAUUUACUUCUAAAUGUUUCUUCCAUUCUCUGACUCUAUAUGUGAUGAACCUAUUUAAUUUGAUAGUGAUUCAAUCGUCAUUGUCAAUUGUCAUUGCUAUGAAAGGUAUUUGGUAUAUUUAAGUAAUGACGGUUGGACUCGUAUAUAUAUAUAUAAUACCAUAAUCAGAUCACUUUCAUCAUAUUCAACUAUUUUAUCAAUUCAAAUAAAAUAGAAUAUUUUUGCUACCUAAUAAUUCGAAUAUCUUAUGGAGAUCACAAUGUUUCGUUCCUAUAUUCAUUUUUGUAUUUCUCGCUUUUUGGUGCUGAGAGUUGAGAAGAAUUUACUAUGUUCUCUUUGAAAUGUGUGUAAAUCAAAAUAUAUGAUUAUAAGUGAAUAAAUUUGAAAUGUAUUCACAUCAUUUUUUUUUCAUCAGGCACCAACCGUCAGUCUUUCACAUGAAUUGUAUGGCAAGUCUGCUACUUGAAGACAUUCCAUCACUGCCAAAUAGUUUCGUUUUUGGAGUGAGAUAGUGAUUUGGCUUUCGUUUGUUAACACAUCACCUAGAAAUAUACACCUUCAAUACUUAUUUCAAUACACCUAUUUUUCAUGAUUUCAUUUUUAUUGAGAUAUAUUUUGUAAUGUGAUUCCGAUUUUCGUAGUAGAGAUGAUGGCUACUGCGUCCAAACUUUAUUUAUUUACAUUAUGUUGUCAUCUAUUUCAUUUCAAGCAAUUCUGUUUUUUUCUUUCUUUCUAGA